AUGGAACGUCGCACAACACUGCUCGUUCACGCAGGCGCAUCGAGUUCAAGGAAGGAUGACGAACGGCAUGUUCAGCAAGUAGAGACGUACUUGGAACUUGAGAAAUUUCGACCUGCGAAAGCGAGAUCUCUGGCUGCUUGCAACGUCGAACUUGCGCCAUCAUCUGCGAGACCGGUCCACCAGUCCGAAGUGGCGGCGGAGAAUGCUGUGAGGGCACACGGCCAAUAUGACAAGCGGAUCGUAAAGCGCCAACCCGUCGAGAACGACGAUCAUAGGUCAGAAGUUGCCCAGCUUCAGGACUCAUCUGAGUACAUCGACGAUACUCAACUCGCCUACACUGCAUUGAAAAGCCAACUUUUCACCGCUACCACGGCAUCAACAUCGAAGCAUUUGACAUCUCGGAAUAGCGGUCGGUCACCUCACGAGAGAGAUACCGGGAACGCGCUUAGCCCUCGGCGACCUGUCGAAAGGAUAUCAGAGACUUCCCCCGCCAGCCAAGACAACAGCAAUGCCUCCAUGGUGACCAGUCCAAGGCGCCGCGCGGGAAGUGAGCCUGUCGUCGAGUCAUCCUAUAUGAGAACCCCCAUAGUCGCUCACCCAGCCAAGCGCCUGCGGCGCUUAUACCCAGCUUACGACCGAGCUCAGCUCGAUAGUGGCAGUCAGCCAGUGGAAAGAGUACUAUUCCCUCUCUCUGCUGGCGCGACUCAUGACCCCACAGGUGAAAAGCGGCGCACUGAGAACGAACGCGGUGAUGAUGGAACCAUUGCUAGCGACGAUACGACAUCUGAACUGCCCACCUCGUAUUCCUUGAGCGAUCUCGCAUCAAACAGCAGGGAUGGCAGUAAGCAGGAUCGACCGCAGCUUGUCAAUCGUUCCGUCAGCGACCCAGGGCCGAUAAGCAAUUCGCUUGAGAAGAGCUGUGACCCUCAAUCGUAUAUGCUUCGAUCUCCGCAACACGCCGCAUUGGGCAACAGGUCGCCCGCUAAAGAUGGCAUUUGGCGAACUAUCGCUGAUGAAGCUUCUCACUCUCGCGUGGAGAUUUCAGCUGGUCAAGGUCUCAAUCUCAAGGUAACUCUGCCCGCGUCAACACAACCGAGCAGUCAUAGAGACGUCGCCCAGCAACAGAUAGCCCUGGACCCAGCCGAAGCCGAGCUUUGCUCUCUUGCUCCGGAAAUUCAUCCACCGAAGCCAGCGACGUCUAAUGAUGGUUUCAUUACACAUGCUACGGACGAGCUUAAUGUUCUACGUGCCACAUUCCUCUCGAAGUACUCACCUAUGAUGGUUGCUCGUCAGAUAUCUGUGCACGAAAGAGGACACUGGUCUGUCGAUUGUUCUUCGUGGCAGGCUCCCAAAAAGCUGGCAUUCUGGCGCCGCUUGCAGAUCUGGAUUGCCAACGGCACAGCGGGGCACGACAUUUGGUGUACAAGAAUAGCAGAUGUACGUCUGACUUCACGGAACAGAUUCGAGGAGCCACUCUUGCAAGCCGACUCAAUCAACAAAUUUGAACACGUUCGUAUAUAUUGUUGGGGAGAACUGGUAGAGCAUGUUUAUCUCCUGCUUUACACGGCCAGUGAGGGCGGUGUCAGGAAACUUGGCUUGAAAUGGAUCGACUCGAAGGGCGACAUUGUUGUUCGGAUGAGAGGCCCCGCUGACCUGCGUUGA